AUGAACAUGAAACGUAAUACUAUAUUGAAUAUUAGUGCAUACCACGGACUUUAUUCCCAUGUUUAUAAAGGUUAUAUUGUCUCAGAUAUAUCAACUAGAAAAAUAUACAAUAAAAAUGAGAAAAAAUAUACAUUAAAUUGCCUUAUAAAGUUUUUUUUAUUUACCCUUUUAAUUUGGAUAUUACAGUGUUUUAAUAAUUGGGAUUCUUGUAAAUUGUUUAAUUACAAAAAUGAAAAAACAAAUAAAUUAAUUUUAGGAGAUAAAAGACUAUUAGCAGAAAACAAUGAUAAAAUAAAACAAAAAGAAAAAGAAUUAAAAUUACCUUUACAACAUAUUAUAACAGAAACAGACUUAGAACUAAUGAACGAACAAAGAGAAAUAGAGGAGUAUACAGAUAUAGAACAAAGAAAUGAAAUAGAGGCAAAAAAGGAAGAUAGUGAAGUAAAACAUAAUGAGAAAAAAUUAGGAAAAUAUAAUAAUAUUUCAAAAGCAUAUUUGUUAUUUUUUGCUUCUAUUUUAUCUUUUGUUUCAUUUUUGUUAUCUAUAGUAUAUUGCAUUUCAGAAAGUCUAAGUAUAUAUAUUGUGACUUUUUUUUUUAUUAAUUUAACUACUAUAAUUUUUUCAAUUAUGUUAAUUCUAGAAGAAAUAAAAAAAAAAAAACAUAAAAUCAAAUUAUAA